UAUCAUUUUAACUACUUUAUUAAAUACUUUAUAAUGUAUCAGUAAUUAUGCGAUGUAUAUGAUACAUUUGUGAAUAAUUUUUUGAUUCUAUUACGAACUAAUAGAGACUAUGAACUGAUCAGUGGCAACUCUGUUUGUAUUUUAUUUCAUGCGCCAUUCGAGCACCGCACAGUAUAAAUGUGACUUGAACACCGCGAACAUGGCUUUCCCUGGUAAUAUUAAUAUCCGAAAAUUUGAGAAUAUCCAACGAAGUAAGUGUAUUUGUAGUUGUGUCAAACCAAAUGUUAAAUUAAAACACUGACUGUUUCGGCCAAACGACGGUUGCGACACAAUCGAAUCCGUUGCGGUCUCCACGCCUACGCCGGGGUUGUAUGUGUGCGUUUAAAAUCAAUGAAACGAAUACUACUCGUGCGAGUGAAUAAGAACAGUUUUGUGACGCUUGCAAAAAAAAAGUGAACGCGUAGCAGAGCAGCGAGCAAGGAGAACGUAACACACAUAUACUGCGCAAGCAAAAAUGAACUUUACAAUUUGAAAUUAUAAACAAAAACUAGAAUAGGCUAUUUUUUUCAACAAAAUCAUUGACUGGUGGUGAAAAGUGAACAAAAAUGCAUAAGCUAAAUACAGCGCGCAUGAGCUGAAGUGACAGCAAGCAGUCGCAUUGCUGCCGCAGCAGCAGCAGACGUCGACGCCGACGCUUACUCCGACUCCGACGCCGCCAUAGGUAUGCUGCAGAGUUGCUAGCUCAGCACGCCGCGACAGCACCAGCCGAAUCGUAACAUUUGCCAAAGAUUAGUUACAUAUAGUAAUUAGAGCAGUUCGGAAUUUGAUUGCUUAAUCAACCGCAACGAAUCACAAAUCUCAAUUUAAGAAUGACAUCCCGACUCGAUCGUCUUUUCAUAUUACUCGAGUCAGGCUCCACGGCUGCCACUCGCCAUGCGGCCGCCAAGGAAAUUGGCGAGGUGCAAAAGCUAUAUCCACAUGAACUGCACACACUGCUGAACCGGCUAGUGGGAUAUCUGCACAGCACUUCGUGGGAGACGCGCAUUGCCGCUGCGCAGUCAGUAGAGGCGAUACUGAAGCAGGUGCCGUUAUGGCAGCCAGAAUUGCAACUGGGAGCCAUUAAUUUGAAGAAGGAGCGCUCUGCCAGCGAUGCCACUGAAGAGGAUAGCUGUCAAUCGAAUGCUUCUUCGUCGACUACAACAACGCCAUGUAGCGAGCGACUACUUAGCUUUCAUGAGUUCGAUUUACAGCAGAUUUUACAGAAAGGCGCCCGUCUAAUUGGCUCUGAGGGUAAUGAAUUCGAUGUGCAGGAGGAGCAACCUGCCAGCGGUGGCGCCGCCGAAGAUCACAGUGAAGCCGGUCGCCUGACUCGUCAGCGCGCUCUGCUCAACGACAAACUAGGACUCACAACUGCCGCCAAGCUGGGCGUCAAUUUAACUGACAUGAUUACCGAUGAGGAUGUGGCAUUGGCGCGUUCUGGCACCAGCUACAAUGUAAAUGCCGAGAAAUUGCCUGUGGAGCACAUACUGAACAUCAAGCAAGCCAACGGAGGAGGAGCUGUCAGUGCCUCAGGCCAGCGGCUCAGCUGCCGAGAAAUGAAUCGCGCCAAGCGCAAGGCGCGUCAAAGCACGGCCAAUUCCGCCUCCACAGUCACGCCCACCUGCAGUCGACGCAAUUCAACAGCUGGCAUUGGCGCCGGUAGCAACAGCAGCAGCGGCAGCAGUUGCAGCAACAACAACAGCAACGGUGCCAUCAAAGGCGAUGAGCCAGAGAAAAAAAAACUGAAAGCAAACGACAGACACGAGAUUUUCUACAGCUUAAAUGCCGCUGUACCCGAUGCGACGGGCAUGUGGGUCGAUGCUGUUUCGUGGCCACUGGAGAACUUUUGCGCGCGACUCUUUAUUGAUCUCUUUCACGCCAAAUGGGAGGUGCGCCAUGGAGCGGCCACUGCGCUUCGUCAGCUCAUCAAUCUGCAUGGCAAGGGGGCCGGCAAGUGCGUGCAACAGAGUCCGGAACAAAUGCAUGAGGCGCACGGUCGAUGGCUGGAGGAUGCAGCGAUACGACUCCUUUGUGUGCUGUGCCUUGAUCGAUUCGGGGACUUUGUCUCUGACCAGGUGGUAGCUCCGGUGCGUGAAACAUGCGCACAAGUGCUAGGCACCCUGGUCAAGGCCAUCGAUGAGCCCAAGGUUCACUGCAUUGUGGAAAUUCUACUGCAACUGAUACGCCAUAAAAACGAGUGGGAAGUGCGCCAUGGUGGUCUGCUAGGCCUCAAGUAUGUGUUUGUGGUGCGCGAGGAACUGCUGCCCAUUUACCUGCCAAAAUCAAUAUCGGAUAUACUAGCGGGUCUAUUUGAUGCCGUUGAUGAUGUAGGUGCGGUGGCGGCAGCGACGCUAAUCCCAGUGGCCAUGUGGCUGCCAAAGCUGCUGAAUGCUUCACAAGUGUCAUCCAUUGUAAAAAUGCUGUGGGAGUUGUUGCUCGAUCAAGACGAGCUAACUUCGGCCUGUAAUAGCUUCAUGGGCCUGCUGGCAGCCGUAUUGUGUCUGCCCCAGGCAGCCAGCUGGAUUGAAAUGGAACCUAUAGGUACUUUGGUUCCACGCCUAUUUCCCUUCCUGUCGCACAGCACUAGCUCGGUCCGUCGGUCGACAUUAAAGACACUGCUCACUCUAACGAGCAGUGGUGAGGCUGAGCUUAAGCAACCACCAUCUGAUGUCAAACUGGAGGUAGGCAAGGAAGACGACAGUACAAAUGGCAAGCAAAAAGACUUGAAAGUUAACUUUGGUGUCGCGGAAUGGAACUGGCAGCUGCUUCAGCAGGGGCUGCGGCACAUCUACCAGCGCAUCUUAGUUGAGGCGCACGCAGAUAUACAGAACUUGGCUUACCAGGUCUGGUCCAAUCUCAUUAAGCAUGCGGACUUGGGCGCGCUGUUACAUGCAGCUUGCCCGUACGUAUCAUCUUGGAUAUGCCUAGCCAUGCAGCCGCCACGUCUGGCCUUCGAUCCGGCCGUGCUCAUCAGAGCUGUUGGGGAUGCUGCCUCUGUAUCUGCGGCUAGCACGCGCCGUCGCACUCCUCGAAUGGGCGAUGAUUUGGGUGGAGUUGCAUUGGCUCAUACAAAUGCCAUGCAGAAAUUAUAUUUAGGCGGCAGUGAGGCUACGCCAAUAGAAGUUCGCGAAGCGAACUUUAUGCGCGCCCGUAUCACAGCAUCGCGAGCGCUGGGCGCUCUGUCGCACUACCUAGUGCAACCUGCACCAGGCGUGCUUUAUACGCCGCAGGUGGAGAGUCCCACAGACUGUUAUACCAAGGUGCUACUAGGCCAUUUGAACGCCCACUCGGCAGUGCAACGCAUUGUGUGUGGUUUAAUAAUUGCCUUCUGGGCGCUGGAGGAUGAACCGGUUCGACCUGGACCACCAAAUCUACAGGAAAAGCUUCAUCAAUGUGUUUCUGAGUAUUUUUACUAUGACGAGGUGGCCACCUCGCUAACACGACUGCUACAGGAGGCACAAGACUUUAUAGCUACACUGAAACAAAACAAGAUACCUAUCAACGACUUCAAUAAUGCCAAGAUUCUCACUCUUGUUCAGAUCGAAGCGGUGGCUAACUCGCUCAGUGACAAUCUCCGCAGCUAUGCGCUUAAGCCAAAGGUGCUCGACAUGCUCCUGGACCGAAAACGCAGCCUACAGGCCUCUUAUCAACAAACGACCAGUGAACAAGGCGCCUACCAUGUCAGCGCCCAGGCGGCAUUGGCUAGUGCCAUCUGUGCGCUGCAUUGUCUUCCAGACAAACUAAAUCCUGUUGUCAAGCCAUUGAUGGAGUCGAUCAAGCGAGAGCAGUGUGUCCCUUUGCAGCAACUAUCAGCUGAAUUUUUGGUGCACCUCAUGGACCAAGUUUGCGAUAGAAAUCCUAGUCCCAACAGCAAAAUCCUGACCAAUCUGUGUACCCUGCUGCGCAGCGAUACAGAGCAUACCCCAAAAUUGGGUACGCCAUUGCAGACGCUGUUGGAGACACGCCCCACUGCCAGUGUUAGUGGAAAUGACAAUUGCGACUAUUAUGGAAUACUUACGCUUAAGCAACAACAGGCUGCGACCAGUGCGCCCAGUAACAGCAGCGCAAGCACACGAACUGGCGCUGCGCCUUUGACAACAACGCCAAGGGGACCGGGCAGACCGCCGGCAAGUGAAGUAUUGGCUGCAGCAGCGGCGGCUGCGGCUAGUAAUGAUUUCAGUACCCAACAGGCCAAAGAGGCAGAAGCGCGGCAAUGUAGAAUUCAGCGAUUGGGAGCCGCUUGUGCCAUAGCCAGGCUGUGCAGCACAUUCGGCGAGCGCAUUGUAGACAAGGUGCCCAUAUUUCAGCUAUUGAUGUUUAGCAAGCUGGAGCAAUUCGUGGCCAACACGGAUACACAAACGCUAGCCAGCACGCUCCCCGAACUAACGACAUGCAACGAUCUGAUCAGCUCAAUGCAACUUAUCGAAACGGCGGCGCCACAUUUGAACGCAGCGCUGCAUGAACAGCUGUUUGCGCUUCUACCACAUCUGGGUUUCAUUGUGCGGCAUCCGCUGAAGGUACUGCGACACAUGGCAGCUCGAUGCAUCGCCAUCUUGGCAGAGAUUGAUCCGUGCCGCACCAUGCAGUUUGUAGUAACGGAGCUGCUGGGGCUGCUGCUCAAAAUUGAGCAGCCUAUUGAGCGACAGGGCGCUGUGGAGGCCAUUGAGCGAAUAGUUAAUCGACUGCAAAUCCGUGUAGUGCCAUAUAUUGUUCUGCUAGUGGUGCCGCUACUGGGUGCCAUGAGCGAUGCGGAUGAAUCAGUGCGUCUGUUGGCUACACACUCAUUUGCCACUCUAAUUCAACUAAUGCCAUUGGAUGGAAGUGAAAACGCGAAGUCUGCGGCACAGAUCAAAAGCGAACCAUUAAAAGAGCGUAAGACUCGAGAUCGUGAAUUCCUCGAUUAUCUGUUUGCACCAAAGACUAUUCCAGACUAUCGUGUGCCGGUGGCGCUCAGUGUGGAACUGCGCGGCUAUCAGCAGGCAGGCAUUAAUUGGUUGUGGUUCCUAAACAAGUAUAAUCUUCACGGCAUACUCUGCGAUGACAUGGGCCUCGGCAAGACACUCCAGACAAUAUGCAUAUUAGCCGGCGAUCAUGUGCAACGGCAAGAAGCCAAGUUGGCACCACUUCCCAGCCUAGUCAUUUGCCCACCAACACUCACUGGCCACUGGGUAUACGAGGUGGAAAAGUUUCUGGCACAGUCCCCCGUUUUGCGACCAUUGCAUUAUUUCGGAUUUCCGACUGGCCGCGAGAAGCUACGGAGUCAAAUUGGCACGAGUUGCAACCUGGUAGUUGCUUCGUACGAUACCAUCCGUAAGGACAUUGACUACUUCAGUGGCAUUCACUUUAACUACUGUGUGCUGGACGAAGGGCAUAUCAUAAAAAACGGAAAGACUAAGAGCUCCAAAGCCAUAAAGCAGCUGAAGGCCAAUCAUAGACUAAUCCUAUCAGGCACGCCUAUACAGAACAAUGUGCUGGAGCUGUGGUCGUUGUUUGAUUUUCUAAUGCCUGGUUUUCUGGGCACUGAGAAACAGUUCAUUCAACGCUACUCGCGCCCCAUUUUGGCUUCACGCGAUGGCAAAAGCUCGCCCAAGGAGCAAGAGGCCGGUGUAUUAGCCAUGGAGGCGCUGCAUCGCCAGGUAUUGCCAUUCUUGUUGCGCCGCGUCAAAGAAGAUGUGCUUACGGACCUGCCGCCUAAAAUCACCCAGGAUCUGCUGUGCGAACUGAGUCCCUUGCAGCUGCGCCUUUACGAAGACUUUAGCAAUAAGCAUUUGAAAGACUGUUUGGAUAAGUUGGACGAUACGGAGAAUCUCGGUCCUAAAACACACAUAUUCCAGGCCCUACGCUAUUUGCAAAACGUCUGCAAUCAUCCUAAACUGGUGUUGCGCCAAUCUGGCGAUGACCUCACGAAAGUGGCUGCCCAGUUGGCACUUAACAAUAGCACGCUGGAUGACAUUGAGCACUCAGCUAAGCUGCCAGCACUAAAGCAAUUGCUUCUAGACUGUGGCAUAGGCGUCCAAACGGAGUCAGUCAGCCAGCAUCGGGCGCUAAUUUUCUGUCAACUGAAGGCCAUGCUGGAUAUUGUAGAGCACGAUUUGUUGCGAAAGCAUUUACCGAGCGUUACGUAUCUGCGACUGGACGGUGGCGUGCCAGCAUCCUUACGUCAGGAUAUUGUGAACAAUUUCAACAGUGAUCCUAGUAUCGAUGUUCUGCUGCUGACCACUUUGGUAGGCGGUUUGGGUCUAAAUUUGACUGGCGCCGAUACGGUCAUCUUUGUGGAGCACGACUGGAAUCCCAUGAAGGAUCUACAAGCUAUGGAUCGUGCGCAUCGUAUUGGACAAAAAAAGGUAGUCAACGUGUAUCGCCUAAUUACACGCAACUCGCUGGAAGAAAAAAUCAUGAGCCUGCAAAAGUUUAAGAUACUAACCGCCAAUACGGUGGUGAGUGCCGACAAUGCUUCUCUUCAGACCAUGGGCACCUCACAGAUCUUUGAUCUGUUCAAUGGUGGCAACAACAAGGCCAGCAACAGCGGAGCUGCGGAAGCAGCCGCUGGUGGCAGCGGUGGCAUGUCUAUGAAUACCAUCAUUGAGAACCUUCCGGAGCUUUGGUCUGAGCAUCAGUAUGAGGAGGAAUACGAUAUGGACAACUUUGUUCAGGCUUUGAAGAAGUAAAACCGCCACAAAUUUCGCUUCCAAGACUUGGCAUCCAAAAGUACACACUCAAAAAUUACACAAAUUAUCCAUGCAUUCAAACUACUUUAAAGAUCAGUCAAGUUCUAAUUUUAAUUUUAUAAGCACUCUUGGAUUCUUUCAAAUGUUAUCUUCAGUUCCUGUAUUAGUUGCAACCGAGAACCAUUAGAAUUUAUAAUAAAAAUAUUUC